AGCUUGCUGGUCAACAUAGCGGCGUAGCGAGUGUCUGCGUUUGCUCUUCGAAAAGCGCGAGCGCCUGCAGAUUCGCUUAACGUUUAGGCAGUGCAAAAAAAGUCUUCCGAGCGGCGUCCUCCCAAGGGUUCGCGGGAUUUCGCUUCGUUACAGGACAACCGGCAGUGUAAUCGAAACGUUUCGCAUCAAAAUAGCGACGUGCCGGUAUUCUAGACGCCGUAGUCGUGCUUCAGCGCGUCGUCGCUAUUAGACUAAGCUAGGUCGAUCAUUUAAACCGCCAUGCCGUACGCCAACCAGCCGUCGGUGCACAUCAGCGAGCUGACGGACGAGAACGUCAAGUUCUUCAUCGAGGACACCGACCUGAGCGUGGCGAACAGCCUGCGUCGAGUCUUCAUCGCCGAGACGCCGACGCUGGCGAUCGACUGGGUCCAGCUGGAGGCCAACUCGACCGUGCUGCACGACGAGUUCAUAGCGCACCGGCUCGGCCUGAUCCCGCUCACGAGCGACGAGAUCGUCGACAAGAUGCAGUACUCGCGGGACUGCACGUGCGCCGACUUCUGCACCGAGUGCUCGGUCGAGUUCACGCUCGACGUCAAGUGUCUGGACGAGCAGACGCGCCACGUGACCACGGCCGACCUCAAGUCGAGCGACCCGCGCGUCGUGCCCGUCACGUCGCGCCACAAGGACGACACCAACGAGUACGGCGAGACGGAGGACAUCCUCAUCGUCAAGCUGCGCAAAGGUCAGGAGGUCAAGGCCCGCGCCUACGCCAAGAAAGGGUUCGGCAAGGAGCACGCCAAGUGGAACCCCACGUGCGGCGUGGCGUUCGAGUACGACCCGGACAACGCGUUCCGACACACCACCUACCCGCGGCCCGAGGAGUGGCCCAAGAGCGAGUACACCGAGCUGGACGAGGACCGCGCCGAGGCCGAGUUCCAGAGCGAGGGCAAGCCCAACAAGUUCUACUUCAACGUCGAGUCGUCGGGCGCCCUGAAGCCCGAGAACAUCGUGCUGAGCGGCCUGAGCGUGCUCAAGAAGAAGCUGAGCGACUUGCAGACGCAGUUGUCGCAUGAGCUGCCCUGCGACUCGCUCACCAUCAACUAACUGAUUUUGGGAGGGAAAGCAGCUCCAUUCCAUUCAAGAGAGUGCAUGAACCGUUUUCAUAUUGUUCAUAAAGCAGAAUACAUCAUUGCCAUUCUAAUGUCUGAACAAGUCUCGGAUUGCUGCCAACACCGCUAAUUUUCGGCCUAUGCUGGUGUGCAUGUAAGUAGCUUUUUCCAGCAUAUUAAGUGCUGUGCAACGUGAUUUAGGUGUGGGGACACCAGGAGCUGCCAUUGCUCAAUGUUUCAAUUAUGGACACACAUUUCACGAUAGUUAAUUAGAAUAGCUAUACAAUCCAACCCCUCAAUUAUGCCUGGAAAGAAAUUUUUCUUUUUGUAGAGCACACACACCAGUUACCUUGCAAAACUAAAAUUUACUUAAAGAAGUAGCUGAUCUUUCUUACUGUUUCACAUUGCUUUGAAGGAACAUGAUGGCUGAAGCCAAGCAGCUCAGUAAUCGUUGCAAAGCUUGGUCAUUAUCGCGUUCACUGAGAAAAGUGCGAGUUGUGUCAAAAUAAAGAACUGCACAUGAACUUACUUGUAUUGCAUGUAUUUUGUUGCUUUUCUCACUCUCAUCGUCACCCUGCUAUCCUUUGCCCCCCCCCUCCCCCUCAACGAUAGCGUCGCUGAACUCUUCGUACACGAUCAGGUGAGUGUCAGCGCACUAAAGUCCAGCAGUUCAACAGUGUCUGUUAUCACUCCCUUAACAUGCAAGGCACAUACCAUGUUUCAACCUGGGGCUGCAGGUCAUCGCUACUUGCAGAAUGCAGAACCAUCCGCUUCAGUUUCUAGCAAUAUUUAACUUCUGGGGUUUGCUCAUGAGUUCAAAAAAAGUGUUGUGUAUCACUCCCUAAAACUUUAGUUACUGCGGGAGUGCUUUUCAAAACCUCUUCCCUGUCGAGAGGAGGCGAAUGUUCGCUACCGACGUUCGCCAGGCGCACCAGACUUCUUUGUUGGCAUGAGUAUUUCGUUUUUCAGGGAUUCACAUGUUGGUGAGUGCCCAAAUCAUGUUUACAGCAGUACAACAAUAAAUAUGUACUUAA